CCCCAGAGGCGCGCGCCCCCGCGGCGGUCACGGGCGUGCGUCCUCGGGGCGGUUGGCCAUGGAGGCCCUGCGGAGGGCCCACGAGGCCGCGCUCCGGCUGUUACUGUGCGGGCCCUGGGCCUCAGGCGCUGCCUCCCGCCCGAAGCCCCGCGUCUCGGAGGUGCUGACGCGGCACCUGCUGCAGCGGCGCUUGCCGCACUGGACCUCCUUCUGCGUGCGCUACAGCGCCGUCCGCAACGACCAGUUCGGCCUCUCGCACUUCAACUGGCCAGUGCAGGGCGCCAACUACCACGUCCUGCGCACCGGCUGCUUCCCCUUCAUCAAGUACCACUGCUCCAAGGCCCCCUGGCAGGACCUGGCCCAACAGAACCGCUUCUUCACGGUGCUCAAGGUCGUCAACCUCGGUAUUCCAACUUUACUAUACGGACUUGGCUCCUGGUUAUUUGCCAGAGUCACAGAGACUGUGCAUACCAGUUAUGGACCAAUAACAGUUUAUUUUCUAAAUAAAGAAGAUGAAGGUGCCAUGUAUUAAAAGUGUGCAUUGGAGAAUAUAAAUAUCACUGGAUUUUCUCUAGUGUGUAUGUGCAAUAUUUAUUUUUGAUCCCUUGAAAUAAAACUUUUGCA